AGGUCCUGGCCGCGGGGCGGGGGCCGGAGUGGGGUGAGUGCGGUUCUCUGAACCCGGCCUGGCUGAGGCUGUGGUCCGCGCGGCACCGCGGGGCGCUGACCUGCAGCCGGCGCCGCCCCCUCGCUUUUCCUUCGUUCUGGGCCUUAGGGAGCGUCCAGAGUCCGGUUCCCACCGGCUGGCGCGGCAAGUGUGCGGGCCGGUCCCGCAGAGCCUGGGUGGCUGCGCAGAGCUGAGGCUGCAGUGGUGGGAGACCUGGGAGGACCGGUUCUGUCCGGGUUGCGUCCCCCUCGGCCUCGCGCCUGCAGUUGCCUGAGCACACCCGCUCGUGAGCAGCUCGUGCCGGCUGGCCACCCCAUGCGCUGCCUCUCCCCUGCACCCUCGUUUUCCAACCAAUUGUCAGCCCGACGCCCUUGCUUUACCCUGUGCGGUUCUUCGCCCCCGCCCCCUCUUCGCGGAGUUGCCUCAUUCAUUGGACAACUAGCAUUCGGACAACUGGCAUACUUACCUUGUCCUGAGGACCCUUCUAGUGCUGGGGAUACUGCAGUGAAGGGGUAACAUCCCUGACUUCAUGAAGCAUCUGUUGUAAUAGAAGUGAGGCAUUAAUGCAAUAGAGGCAACAAACAAGAAAGUAGUUUUGUUUUUGUUUUUUUUUUUUUUUUGAGAGAGAGUGUAAUCGAGCGAGGGAGGGGCACAGAAAGAGCAUCUUAAUUAAGCCAGUUCCAUGCCCAGUUGUGCUCAAUCCCACCACCGUGAGAUCUUGACGUGAGCUGAAAUCAAGAGACGGAUGCUUAACCGAGCCACCCAGGUGCUCUGAGAAAAUAGUUUUUGAUGAUUUCAAGGGCUAUGAAGAAAAUGAACCAAGAGGAUAGGUUUGUGAGAGUUAAAGAGUUAAGGGUGGCUGUAGGUGAGCAGGGAAGGUCUCUGCAAGAAGUUAACAUUUGAACUGAAACCUGGUGGCUGACAGGCCUUGCUAAGCCCUUGUAGGCAAAGGAAAGUGCAUCAGAAUGGCAUUGGCUAAUUUGAGUAACAGAGAGAACGCCAGCUUGGCUGCAGUGUAGUACGCAAGGGGGUAGGUGAGGGAGUGGAGCAAGGUGCCCCAGUCCCCUGAGGAACAGAGGUUUUAUUCAAAAUUGGAGGGAAAGAAUGACUCCUGCUGGUCCUCCAGGCCCCAAUUAAAUGCAAUCCCCUCAAGAAGCCCUCCCUGAUCCCCCAUCUAAGUUAGCGCUCCCCUUCCCCUUGAUGUUUUCUGUCUCAGGACUCCGAGCAGGAACCUGUUUUGUUAUCAUUGUAUCCUCUCCUCCACUUUUUUCAACUUAGCGCUGUUUUUCUCACAUUAAAGACUUAUUCCCUGGCUCCAAAGAUAGGACUAAAAUCAGGUCUUUUCCCCUCUAACCAGGUGGCCCCUCCCUGAGGACAUGCAUUCCCCAGAAAUAAGCAAAGAGACAGGCAUGGUAACUUACCCUCCUAACUGUAGAGAGUGGUAUGUGUUGAGUUGACAGCCAGGUUUUCUCCUGAGAUGCUCCUCCUCUUAAGAUGCUGUGGCUGUCUGGUCGGGGUGAGGAGGACAAUAGCUCUGUCAACAGGGGCAGCAGCAAUGGUCCACGCAGACUGCCCUGGACAGACAGCCCAGUGCCGUGUCUAGUAGUGGUGUGGCUCUGCUCUUUGCGUUUGCCGUUUGUGCUGUCCGGGCACAGAUGACUCACCAAGCCUCUCAGAUCAUCCUCUGUAGCCUGUUAUACUCUCACAUGUUAAAAGGGCCUUCCUGCCAGAUGUUACCUCGUAGCAUCAUAACCGCAGGAUUUCUGCUAUUGCCAAAAGGGACAUCGCUUUACAAAGCGGCAGCUACUUAGGAGGCUCAAGCCCCACAGAAAAGGGUACUCUAGAUACUUCCACCCAAUACACAGGAGCUCAAGUGUCCAUUGAGGAGGGAACACAGAGACCAGUGUCUACUCUGAGCACCUAGCCAGAGCAGAUUGUAUUUACUGGCUUUUAUAAAUAAUUUUUCCUCAACUGCGACACAUAUUUGAAAAUAAGCAAUAAGUCUUAGAGAAAUCAGAAAAAUGAGAAGAAGGAAAAUAAAAACUACCUUGGAAGAAACUAAGGCUAAUGUGCUGGGGUAUGUGCUGCCACAUUUAUUUUUUUGCUUAGAGUCUGCUUAUUUCACGUGGUAACGCAGUAACAAUGUUUUCUGGUGUUCCACAACGUGGUUUUACUGGUUGCAGAAUCACCCACUGUCAGGGAACCACUCAUUCAUUCCACAAAUCCUUGCUGUGUAUCAGGCCCUCCCCCAGGCCCUGAAUAACCAGACUGCAGGCCUCAUCUCAUGGGGGAAGGUGGAUAAGAAGCAAGGACAGGGGUGGAUGGGCCUUAGGCCUGGGCUCUUCCUACUCAACACUCACCGUCCCCAGCGCCUGCCUUUCCCCUGAAGGGGACCUUGGAAUGGCGGUGCCACUUGCGACGCCCAGACUCCAGGAGGCCGUUGUGUUUGAGGACGUGGCUGUGUACUUCACGAGAAUAGAGUGGAGUUGCCUGGCCCCCGACCAGCGGGCACUAUACAGGGACGUGAUGCUGGAGAACUACGGGCACGUGGCCUCACUGGGCUUUCUCGUUGCCAAACCAGCGCUGAUCUCCCUCUUGGAACAAGGGGAGGAGCCAGGGGCUUUGAUUCUGCAGGUGGCUGAGGAGCAAGGGACUGUGGCCAACCUGUGCCCAGAUUCUAGGAUGGAGGCUGGGGUCAAGGAGUCUUCUCCGGGGAGAGUGUCCUCUAAGCAGUUAGGACUGUUGGGCACAGUUUGGGGGUGCCUCCCUGAGGAGAGGAAUGGCCGUCCUAAAGAUGGGUCAGAUAAACGACAACUCGACCCCCAGGCAGGCGGCCUUGGUGGGGAACUUAGCACAUCCCUGGGGACCCUGGAGGAAAAACAGCCAGGCUUGGGCCCUGCAGAGGCUGCUGGGGAGAGAGUGUACAGGUGUGCUUGCGGCAAGGCGUUCAAGUACAACUCGCUGCUGCUCAGGCACCAGGUCAUCCACACGGGGGCCAAGCCCUACCAGUGCACCGAGUGUGGCAAGGCCUUCAAGCAGAGCUCCAUCCUCCUGAGACACCAGCUCAUCCACACUGAGGAGAAGCCCUACCAGUGCAGCGAGUGCGGGAAGGCCUUCCGGCAGAGCACUCAGCUGACCGCACACCACAGGGUCCACACGCGGGAGAAGCCCUACGAGUGCGGCGAGUGCGGGAAGGCCUUUGGCCGCAGCUCCCGGCUCCGGCAGCACCAGAAGUUCCACACGGGAGAAAAGCCGUACGAGUGCGGCGAGUGCGGGAAGGCCUUCUGCCGCAGGUUCACCCUCAACGAGCACGGCCGCAUCCACAGCGGGGAGCGGCCGUACACGUGCCUGCAGUGCGGGCAGCGCUUCAUCCGCGGGUCGUCGCUCCUCAAACACCACCGGCUGCACGCCGGGGACGGCGCCCGAGAAGACGGCGGCCGCCAGAACCCCCAGCCCGGCGCCGCACAGAAGACCGCCUCGGGCGACAGGCCGUUCGAGUGCCCCGUGUGCCAGAAGCCCUUCAAACACAACUCCUUGCUCCUCCUGCACCAGAGGCUGCACACGGGCGAGAAGCCAUUCGAGUGCAGGGAAUGCGGCAAAGCCUUCAGCCGGAAGUCCAACCUCACUCUGCACCAGAAGACCCACACCAAGCAGAAGCCCUUUGCCUGCACGGAGUGUGGCAAGGCUUUCCGCAGGAGCUACACGCUGAAUGAGCACUACCGGCUCCACAGUGUGGAGAGGCCCUACCGGUGCCGGGCCUGUGGCGGGGCCUGCAGCCGGCCGUCAGCCCUCAUCCAACACCAGAAAGUCCACGGGCCCGCGUGUCCCCGGGAGGGUGGGGAGGACAGACGGGUGCCCCACUGGGCUCCCCGUUGAGUUGAUGAAAGGCGGAGAACUCAUCCAGGAGGGGGCCCCAAGGCAGAAGGCUGUUGGUCCUCCCCGCUUGGCUGUGAGAAGGGUCAGGGCCAGGGCUGUGGUCGAGCAGCCCGAGGGAAGGGCAGUGAGGAAGGCUGACCAGAGCGGGUCCCCCCACAACUGCUGAGCCCAGAUGCCCGCGGGAGAGCGGCAUUUCUAAACCGUCCAAGUCUUCGCCUGGAGGCACACGCGGGCUCCAACACAAGUGGGGGUUGUUGGGUGGGUUUCGUUUUCUCUUUCCACUCCUCGGUUUUCCAAAUAUUGACUUGUGAUGGGGGGAGGGGAGCGGAAUCUGUUGGCUUUUUUUUUUUUUUUCUUUUGGAUGUUCAUUUGUUACUAGAAUUGACCAAGAUCAGACUGUUGGCAGGGGACCCAGCCAGUCCUGGGGCAGAGGACUAGAAUCCACACAACACCUGCCAUGGAGAUGUUGGGAACUCUCAGGUAGACCCAGGGUUUGUUGACAAGCCAUGGCAAAGCUGGAAGGGUAGUGGUGGCUGAAGCAGGACUCGGGAGUGGGGUCUGCAGGCUCCCAGGCAGUGCCUUGGGAGCCCCAGCCAGGCUAAGUGUGAUCCCUCAGCAGGCCUGUCAGCAGAAGGUAUUCACUGGGGAGAAGCUUCCCUGGGUGGCCGCUGGUGAGAGGGGCCAUCUCUUAGUGACCCUUCUUCUUCAUCAGCCCCCCGACCCCAGGAGCCCUGAGAACACUGAGGGGCUUCUACAGCAUCUUACAAAAGGUGUGCCAGAAAGGAAGCCGCCAGCCCCAAGCAGAGCUACCAGUGAAUGUGUAUUUUUUAAUCAUUUCCCCCCCAAAUAUAAAUUUAUUUUAGGACAUUUGGGAAAUGCAAGAACUUAGAAAUGUAAAAAACUGCCCUUUGGUCUCACUCUUCAGAGAUCACUACAGCGAUGUUUGGUGUGUUUUCUUAGGCUCUUUUUUUAAAUUUUAAUGCUUAUUUAUUUAUUUUGAGACAGAGAGAACAUGAGUUGGGGAGGCAGAGAGAGAGGAGAGAGAGAAUCCCAAGCAGUUUCUGCGCUCUCAAUAGAGCUUGAUCUCAUGAAUCACAAGACUGACCAAAACCGAGAUCAAGAGUUGGACAGUUAACUGACUGAGCCACCCAGGCACCCCCUUAGCCUCUUAAAAAAAAAUUUUUUUUAAAUGUUUAUUUAUUGUCGGGAGACACAGAAUCUAACCCAGGCUGCAGGCUCUUGCUGUCAGCACAGAACCCCGACGUGGGGCUCGAACCCACGAGACUAUGACCUGAACCAAAGUCGGAUGCUUAACCAAGUGAGUCACGCAGGUGCCUCCCCACCCCCUGACUCUUUCUAAUGCACAUGUAUGGUAUUUGUUUUACAAAUCGGGGUUUACUUUGCUUAGAACCGUGUCCCUGCUGACUGGUUUAGGUAGCAGCUUCCUUACUGUCACACAUCUGUCCUUUCCUCACACCUUUACUGUAUUUGUUGGCCCCGUAGCAGACCUGUGCACAUUUGCUUGUGGCUGAGGUGGACUUUCCCCAUCAGGGUUACAGAUGUGGAGGGACUGUUUUUAACCAUUUGAUUAAUCAUGAAAAAUGCCAGUCUUGUUUUCAUUUAUAUUUCUUGGCCUUUCCGUGAGUAAAUUCCCCGUAAGCUCUUGUACCUAUUUUUAUUAGGGUUUUAAGCCUCUGUGUUGAGCUCCAAUCGCUUUCCCUUAAUACCUGUUUCUUCAACUGUGAUACAAACCACAGGUCUUUUGGUGGUGGGUGAGCAUGGAAGAGAUGGGACGGAAACUGUGUCAUACACUUGAGGAAGUGAUAUAUUACAAAUAUUUUUUUCCCAGUUCCUUAUUUGCUUUUAGUUAUGAGGUUUUUAAUAAGAAAAAUACAUGUUCCCUAUGGGCAAAACUGUCUUGUUGUGAUUAGAAAGGCCUUGUCCACCCCAGGAUUUUAUAAAACACUUUCUUUACUUUGGUUAAGUUACAGAAAUACUACAAAUUUGCAGUAAAACUAACGAAAUCUCAAUACAAAAAUAGGAAAUAUUUACCUCUUCCCUUGUCCCACAUUCCCACCUUACUCCCCAGACAUACACCUGUUAAGUCUGGGUAAUUCAUUCCAGACUUUUUUCUCUACAUUUCAAAUAUUCAGCCUAUGUGUGCCUGUGUUUUUACAAACAGGAUUACUCUAGUGUUUGAAAUGACUUUUAGUGUGUCAAGUCACCGGGCUAAACUGCCCCCAGAAUUCCCUUUCAGCUGAAUUCCUGAGUGGCAGGCUAUGCAGGAGGAAGGAAAUGGUGGUCAUUUGUAGCUCACACACCUACCUAAUACUUAGACACUAACCCAAAGGCUGUUGUGAAGUGAUUUUGCAGAUGUGAUUAAAGCACCUAAUCAGCUGAUUUUAAGUAUCCUGGUAGGUCUGGAGUAAUCAGUUAAAAAGCCUUUAAAAGCUUAGGUUGGGGCGCCUGGGUGGCUCAGCUAGUUGAGCGUCCAACUCUUGAUUUCAACUCAGGUCAUGAUCUUGGUUUGUGGGAUUGAGCCCUGAGUCAGGCUCCAAGCUGCCCUUGCCCACCUCUCUCUCUCUCUCUCUCUCUCUCUCUCUCUCUCUCUCAUUCCUCUCAAAAUAAAUAAAUUAGCUAACUAAAUAAGCAAGCAAGCAAGCAAGCUUAGGUUUCCCUAUGCCUCCAGCCUGUGGAAAAGCAUCGGCUGGUGAUCUUGUCAGCAAAUCCUCGAAGUAUUUGCAAAAUGUGGUUUUCUCACUAAGUAAACUAAGAAUAUACUUGAAGAGGUGCCCUUUUUCAAAGCACAAAGCCAGUUUUCAGCCCUGACUUUUUUCCAAAA